AUGGGCCGAUUCCAGAGACUUUCGAUGCAUGAUGGUAAGCGAUCCAUAAUAUAUUUACUGGAUGGACAACAACUGGAGCUUACUAUUCAACCACGAUUAUUUGUUCAUGAAUUGUUGAAUAUUAUUGCCAGUCAUGUAGCCUUGAAAGAUGCCGACAAGAAGUAUUUCGGAUUAGCUUAUGUGGACCACCUCGAACAGUAUCACUGGUUGCCCACGGAUAGACGGGUUUUGGAAUAUGAAAUCCCACGAAAAUCUCAUCAGUUACAUGCCGUCUUGGAGUUACACCAUAGCGUAAAGUUCUUUGUUGAUUCAGUACUCACGUUGUGUCAUCCAUCAGCUAUUGAGCUCUAUUUUUUGGAGACAGCCAAGCGUUUAGUUAAAGGUUUAUUGGAAUUCACAGAUCUGGAAUACUAUAAAAUUGCAUCCAGCUUCCUACAAAUAUACUGUGGCAAUUAUGUAAGUGAUGAAAAGGCACGAUGUUCACUAACCGAACUUAUACCAAUUCCAAAUGGAAUAUUGCAUGCAUACCAUAUAUCAUUAGAGGAUGUUGAAAAGAAUGUGAUCGAAAUGUAUAAAGAUCUCACUGGCGUGCCCAAAGGAGUUGCAAUUCUAAACUUUUUACAAACUGCAGAAAGAUCUUCAACUCAUGGAUGUCAUUUUUAUAAAGUGCGCGAUAAAGCUGGCCAACCGUGGACUGUUGGUAUCAGCAACAAGGGAAUAUUUCAAUAUGAUCCAACUGACAUAUCCAAACCAAAAAAGAUUUUCAAUUGGUCUCUGUUAGACAAUCUUUAUUAUCGUGAUCGAAAAUUUUCCAUCGAAGUACGGAAUACAAGGGUUAUCCAAUCAUCUGGCAGUGCAAACAGUAUUUUGGAUAGUACGGGUUAUUUAGAUUCAGAUGAUGAGCUAGCAAAGGCUGUGAGAGAUCCUACGACGCAAGUGUCUAUAUCCAGGCGAACAGUUGCAUCUUCUGCUAUACAAGUGCAUGCUUUUUAUUGUGACACUAACUUUUUGUGCAAAACAAUUUGGUCAACAGCAAUUGCACUCCAUCAGUUUUAUUUAGACCAGCGAACAUGUGUCAGUGCUAAGAGGAUUGUGUCGAAUGAUCCAGGAGUUGAAUUGAAGCAACUGGGCGAGAAACUCUGUCGUCUAAUAAGCCAUUCUUCUGUUGCAUCGUCACUGCCUUCUUUGAAUUCAUUAUCGUCGAAUGGUAUGCCGUCAGCAAAAGUAUCCGAUGGUUCUCUUGUUUCAUUGUCAUCAUUGAACGAUAUCCAAAAUCGAGAGAAGAAUGAGGAAGAGAAGCAAAAAGAAGUUGAAAUGUAUAGACGGCUGAAGAAAAGAAAAAACGAACUCGAAGAAAAACUUCUGGCAAAACUUGACGAAUUACGGGAACUAUGCAUCAAGGAAGCGGAAAUCACGGGUGAAUUACCAAAAGAGAUUUAUAAGACGCUAAUGCCAGGGGAGGAGGAGCCAAAAGUGAAGCGACGUGUUGGAACAUCUUUUUCGCUCAGUGAAGAAGUUUUUAAGAGACCGGUAGAUAGUAAUGAUAGGAUUUCUAUGCUGGAAGCGGAUGUCGAAUUACAUAGGAAAAUUGUUGCUGCAGCAGAACGUCUAGCUAAAGAUAAAACAACCAACAAAUCGGUGAGGAAAAAACGCCAAAAGGAUUUAAUAGCGGCAACUCAGAAAUUGCGGGGACUCGAGUUCGGUCUUACACAGCUCCGACUUUCGGCUAGCAAACCUGAUGUCAGCAGUUCUAUCCGUAAUAUCCCUGGAAGUAAAGGACCCUGGCGAAAUUGUUCAGAUUAUCAGAUCGAAUCGACUUCGUUAGGUACUCGAAAUGAUUCAAAUUCUUUGAUUACGAAAUCUUGCCCAGCUACACCACGAGGCUCGUUUCCUGAUUUGCUUAACUCCGCGGAAAAUGAACGGCGGGAAGCAAGUGAUGAUAAUAAUAAUAAUAAUGGUGAUGAUGAUGGAAAGAGGAGAGCGUCCAUGGAGUGCGUCCAGCGAUAUCCUUCAACAUCAACUUGCUCCAGCAUUCAUUCUGCUCAUAUCAGUAACAAUACUAGUUUCUUUACUGGUGUCAGCGAAAGUGGCUUGUCGCUUGGGAAUUCGCCUUUUGAUUCUAGAACUUCAAAGCGUGUACCACCUCCACUUCAUCGUACUUGUUAUUUUCUUCCAGAACGUGAAAUAUCUUGGGAGAAACUGAAAAACAAGAACGCUGAAAAUCACCAUAUACCCAUAUAUGAAAAUGUUGGUUAUAAGUCAUGUGUCUCUUACAAAAGUUCCUACAGAGAAAUGAAUUUCCCUACACUAAAUGAUCAUUCUGACUGCAAAGGUCGAGUUGAGCGCGCAUUCUCGGAUCACGAUUUGCCAGAACAAGAAUCAUUUGCUAAGAGUGACGAUAAAUAUGAAUCUCGAAUUAAUUAUUCAAUCAUCGGAUGUAGUGGUUCUUCAAGAAACAUUGCAAGUUACGGAACCGCUUUGAAACAGCCUUCUUGGAAAGACUUUUUUGCACAGGAAAAUAACCGAGAUUUAUGUAUAGUAGGAGUAGGAAAAGAUAAUAAUACAAGUCAACAAGCGAUGAUUCAGCAACAGCAGCAGAAUGAUGAGACCCCAUCUUCAUCAUGCCUUAGACGGAAGUUGGUAAAUUCCUCGUUGGAGACGUAUCAAAAUAGUGGUUGUAGUAGUCCACCCGUUGCUGGUUUAUUGUUGAAUGAUGGGAAAACCCCAUUGCGUUACGCAGUACUUCCGACAUCGCGGUCAUAUGAUGGUUUUACAACAGCAAGUUUGGACAGACGAGCUAUGAAGGAAAGGCAGUCAUCCUGUAGUUCCAUGGGAUAUCAGCAGCUUCGAUCAGCACAAUUAGCUGUCACCGAUAUGGUUCGUGAAGUUUGUAUUGGACAACCAGUUACUCGACGUACACCUCUGAAUACUCCUCGAUUCACUACUACUUUUCCAGUUUCUGGUCCUAGUAUAGAAAACAGCAAACCUCUUUUAUCAGCUGAUACUCAUCACUACCAGCAACGUUCACCGUUACAGCAGUGCAACACUUUGGAACACAGUAUGACAUCACUGCGAAAUGUGGCUCAGAUUAUCGGAUCUUCGUCAAUUUUGCGCCCUCCACCACCUGCUUAUCCAGUUGCUAUACGAAAUGGGAUAAUUGGUGUCAGGAGUCCACUGGGAAAAGUAACCACAGCACCCACAGAACUUCGAAUGGAUACUCUGAAGAAUUAUUAUAAAGACAAAACGAAUGGAAUAAAGAAGAAUGCCACAGCUGUUUGA